UUAGGCCCUAAAUCCCUUGUCUUUUACCAACAUGACUUCUCCAUUCAUAAUGAUGGAGUUAUAGUUCACCCACUAUACAGAAUCUUGGGGUACUGUUUGAUUCCAAAUUAUGCUUUGAACCCCAUAUCAGCCAGCUUGUUAAAUCCUGCUUUUUCGUCUUCAUAACAUUGUCCGUAUACGACCUUUGCUAAAUCUCAAAAGAUGCUGAAACUGUUAUCCAUGCUUUUAUAACCUUGUGUCUGGACUGUUGUAACUCUGUUUUGUGACCUACCCACUAAAGCCUUCAAUUGCUUGCAACUAGUUCAAAACUCAGCUGCUUGUGCCCUUACAUUUAACAUAAAAUCCACUCGCAUCACUCCCAUCCUUCAGCAACCGUACAGACUCCCUAUUCAGUUCAAAAUGCUUAUCCUAGUUUUUAAGGCCUGCCAUGGUUUAGCACCUUCAUAUCUUACAGAAUGAAUACACCCUUAUGUUUCUGCCUGUACUCAACUGUUGGUGAAAGGGUGAUUAGCAUUUUAAUUUUAAGCUUUGGUUUGGAACAAGCUGCCUCAAAACCUCUGCGCUGUUUCCUCUCUCCAAACCUUGACUGAACUCUAAAUGCAUAUGUUUCACAAUGUUUUGUUAAAUAAUUGUUACUUUCAUUAUCAGAUCCUUACUUAUUUGAACUAUUGUCUUGUAUGUUAUAUGAUCUCCGUCUGACUGUCUAUUCCAUAGACUGUAAAAAAAAAAAAAAAAUUCUGUUCACUUUGUUGUUCCCUGAUUGUACAUCUGUAUUAUUUGUGUUAUUUUUCAGUAUUAUUUAAAGUGCCCGUGGGUUCUUCAAAGGUGCAAUGUAAAUAAAAUAUAUUAUUAUUAUUAAUAUUAAAAAUAAAAUUGGCAAUUUUCACUUCUGACAGUUCAAAACGAGCGUCCAAGCGUCUCUUGAAACAUCAUCAUCGAAACGAAAUAUUAUUGGGCUGCACCAUUUACUAGCUAUAAAACUUUCUCAUUAUAAAACGUUUUUCCUCAAUGGGGCGCUUGACGGCUCGAGAAUCUCAGGACUGUUUAUGUUCUCUUGCUAUGAGCUUUUUUUUUUUUUUAAUCUAAUAAACGAAAGGUUUGGCUUCUGAUGUACAUUUAAAAAAUCUGACAUAUCAGUCACUGUAAAAUUGAGUAAAAUGCCCGUGUCCUUAGUCCGGAUUAGUCCCGCCUUGUCUGCAAAGUGACAAGCAUCACGUGACACAGCCGUUCUCUCAGCAGUUAUUAUGAGCAAUAAUUUACACCCAGAAUUAUGAUUCUGAGAAACUUUAAAGCUACUAAAGUCGAAAAGAGUUUCCAGUGAAGAGUUAAAAUUAAACAUUUAAUUUGUAUAUCAACAUAGCUGACCAAUUUUAACUUCCGGGCUACCUCCUAAUAAUCAGUUCAAUACAUUUGCCACUCCAGUUUCGUAUCGUAUUAUUUUGCUAUGGCGGGAGAUUAGAACUGAGCUCGAGAGGGAGCGGUCUCCACGGUAACCAUCUAAGCCGGAAGUGCCGGGCUCUCUAAAGUAAUGUCCAGGCCAGUGAUCUGUCCUCUGACUGUGGGGGCCACGGCUCCUGAGUCUCUCUCCAUCUUACAGAGGCGUCUUCAGACAGCGGAGGAGCAGACGGAGGAGUUAAUGAGAAGUCUGGGCUCUUUGGGAGCGUCUGCAGAUCAGCUGCUCGUGAACUCUUUGAACGGGAGCUCCUCUAAGCGUCCGGUCAGUCCUGUGAACAUCCACCGGGCCCUGAGUGCCGCAGGACAGGGUUUGCUAUGGAGACAGUGUGAAACCCUUGUCGCACGUGUGUGCAAAUUAGAAAGUGUUUUGCACACUCUGAAACUCAGUAUCUUCCGUCUGGAGAUGGACAAAGAGCUCAAUCCAUCUCACACAGCACGUCUGCAGGAGCGAUUAACCACCCUGCAGGAGCAGCAUGAGGAGGAGCAGCGCUCUUCACGGCGGGAGGUGCUGCAUUUACAGGAUGAGCUGCAGCGGGCCUGCGAGGAGAGGCAGGAGACGCAGCGGGAGGUGCUCAAACUCAGGGAGGCGCUGGAGAACAACUCCUCCGCUAAAAAGGAGGAGCAGAUGGCGCAGGAGACCGCAGCACACUUGGAGGCUGAGCAAUCCCACAAUGCACUGCUGCUGAGAGUGGAGGAGAUGGAGAGAGUGGUGGAGAAGGAGAGAGGACAGGUGGAGGUUCUUCAAGCAGACUGCCACGCCUUGCGUAUUGACGGACAGGCAAACAGGGCGGAGCUAAAGAAGAGGGAGGAGCAAAUUCUGUACCUGGAGAGAGACUGUCAGCAGCUCCGAGACCAUUCCAGAGUGAAAGAGACUCUGAUAUCACAGCUGAGCAAAGAGAUCAAGAGUGUGAAGACGGCUCUGCAGAAGCAGCAGCAGGAGAACAGCAGACUCAUCAGAGAUGGACGAGACCUCAGAGCAGCUGCAGAUCAAGUUCAGGUGUUGAAUGAUAAGUUAGAGGUUCAGUGUUCGGAGCUGAGCACUGCACUUCACUCAUUAACACUGGAAAACACUCGACUACAGACAGAAUAUCAGAACAACAUCAAGGCGGAGCGAGAUCGCGUGUCUAAACACCUUAAGGAGCAGGAUCUGCUUUUAGACACAGCCAGGAGGAACAUCCAGGCUGAACUACAGGCCACGGUAUCAGAGAAACUCAUCCUGCAGAAAGAACUGGAGGCACUGAAGAUGGAUCAUUCCAAACUGCAUCAGAGUUCCACUGUUUCCCAGGAGACAGCUGUCAGUCAUCAGCAGAUGCUGGAACAGACCAUUGAGAGGCUUCAGGGGGAGCUCAGCUGUGUUGUGAGAGAUGGAGAGACUAUGAGAGAAGAGAGAGAUCACAUCAAGAGUGAAAUGAACUCUGCAAUCUUUUUGCUGGAAAAAGAGAAGAACAUUCUAGAAACACAGCUGUCAGAGAUCAAGGUUGAGUUGACCACAGUGAACUCAGCACUGCAAAAACAGAAGGAGGAGAACAAGGAGCUGAUGGAGAGCCUGGCAGCCUUGAAGCAUCAGCAGGUAACUCACCGUCAGGUAGAACAGAUGCUGUGGGAGUUGACAGACAGCAAGAACAAACUGGCCUACGAGAAGGGCAAGUUGCAGGCAAGAGUGCAGCAGAUGGCCGUUGACCUGAAGACAUUGAAAGCAGACUGUACUCAACACUCUCAGACCAACACUAAAUUGCAGAUCAGUUACACACAGAUGCAGAGAGAAAAUCAGACACUGAAAGAUCAACUCGGCGCAGUACAGCAACAGCACAGAGAAACGAAUGAAAUAGCGCAGACUCUGGAGAACGUCCUGUCGUCUCACACUCGACUGCAGCAGAACACACAAACACUGCAUGCAGAGCUGAGAGAAAGAGCACAGGAACUACACACACUCAGGAGAGAGAGAUUGCAGGCUAUGAAAGAGAUUCAGAGACUUGAAAGUGAAGUAGAGAAUCACAAUGCAACCAGUAAUGAGAAGGUGGAAUCUUUGCAAAAAGCACUUGAUGAAGCUCAGCUGGACAACAGGAAACUUGCCCAGAGUUUAGAGCAGGCCUUACAGGAAAACCACGACGCACAGGAGAAACUAAACACCCUCAGCGAGAGCAGGGAGGCGGAGCUUAAAGAGGCAAGGGCAGAGAUUCGUCAACUGACGGAAUGUGUAGAUUCCCUCAAGAGCCUGCUCAACAGAGAAAAAGACUCUAGGAGGAAGUCAGCACAGAGGCUAAAAAAGGCACUAAAUGAUGCAUCAGCAAAAUCAGGUGACCUCUCACAAGCCAAUCAGAAGCUACAAGAGAAGGUGUCUGAGCUGGAGAAGCUGUUGUCCAAUCAUAAGUCUCAGUUGAAUCAGUAUCUGAACAACAGAACAGCUCUGAAUCACUCUCUGAGAAUCAAGGAUUUGGAAGCAGAAAUUGAAAGUCUUGAAGAAGCUAAGGAUGAAUAUAAGAGGAGGAGUUAUGAGCAGUCUCAGUCUCUGCUACAGAUGCGUUCUGAGAUGGUUUCUCUCCAGUCUGAGCUGCAGUGUCUGUCUUCCACUCAGCAGGGGGAGCUACAGGCUGAAAGAGAUCUCAAUCGCACCCUACAGGAGAAAUGUCAGCAGCUGGAAGAGAGUUUGAAACGGCUCCAGUAUGAGAGGGAUGAAGCAGAAGUGAGACUCCGGGAAGUUUGUCUGGAGUCACAGCAGAUCACAGAGAACAUGGAUGAGGACCACAGAGGGCUCCGCUCUAAAUCGGAGAGCUUUAAUGGCGAGGCUGAGCCACAGAAACUCGGAGAAAGCUUAUGGAGGACGGGGACAGACGGCACACUGUCCACUCCUGCUCAGACCCACGUUGGCUUUUAUGACCCUAAAAUGGAGCCCUGGGCCUCAGCAUUACAGCGCUGGGAGAUGAAGAAAGAGCUGGGACUCAUCGCCGCCAGUUACAAACCCACAAGACGUGUACGCACACUGACCACCUGACAGCUCCAGGAGUCAUGGAGAAGUGCAUCAGGAACUCAUAGAUCAUGGAGAAGUGCUUCAGUAUGUAAUCUGCUUGAAAUGAAAUAUCUACAGUAGGUGUGUUUGUAUGCAGGCAUAUAUCAAGCAUAUUUAGCAAAUUUAUUGAAACAUAUAUUAAUACUUUUGUCAUUACUUGGAUAUAAAAUUGCACUAGCAAAAGUACAUUAUGUGUGGGUGUAUAAAGACAGAGUUGUGACAACCAGAAGAAGAUGGUCCUGCUGCUCAUAAAAAAACAAAAAAAACAAAAAACAAAGCUGUACUUUAUGACCAAAUGGCCUAAUUACUCACAAAUGACUCAUGUUAAACAUGUUAUUUCCCUGCAGCCUGCAACAAUGUUAUUCCAUCACAAUAAUACAAGGUCAAACUCCUAUACCUGGAAAAUGAAACCCCAGAAAGUGCAAAAAUAACUACAAGUGAAGUCUACUUUGUAUAUGUGUAUAUUUAGGUAUUAUAUUUAUAUAAUAGUUUUUAUUGCUAUAUCACUGUUUGUAAUGUCAAUAAAGUCGCUUGAAUUAUAUAUA